AUGUGUCAACAGCUGGAUUUGAACCUAGCUUUUCUUGACUCUGUAGAUGGUUCUCAAUCUGAACUCUACUUUUUAUUGCAGGUUUGGUUACAAAAGUACGGCUACCUUCCACCAACAGACCCCAGAAUGUCGGUGUUACGUUCUGCAGAGACCAUGCAGUCAGCUCUAGCUGCCAUGCAGCAGUUUUAUGGCAUUAAUAUGACCGGCAAAGUGGACAGAAACACAAUAGACUGGAUGAAGAAGCCUCGGUGUGGUGUGCCUGACCAGACUCGAGGCAGCUCCAAAUUUAAUAUUCGCCGAAAGCGAUAUGCACUAACAGGACAGAAGUGGCAACACAAGCACAUCACUUACAGCAUAAAGAACGUAACUCCAAAAGUAGGAGAUCCUGAAACACGUAAAGCUAUUCGCCGUGCCUUUGAUGUAUGGCAGAAUGUAACUCCUCUGACAUUUGAAGAAGUUCCCUACAGUGAAUUAGAAAAUGGCAAAAGGGAUGUGGACAUAACAAUCAUUUUUGCAUCAGGUUUUCAUGGAGACAGUUCUCCCUUUGAUGGAGAGGGAGGCUUUUUGGCACAUGCCUACUUCCCUGGACCAGGAAUUGGGGGAGAUACUCAUUUUGAUUCAGAUGAACCAUGGACCCUAGGGAAUCCUAAUCAUGAUGGAAAUGACCUCUUUCUAGUUGCAGUUCAUGAAUUAGGACAUGCUCUAGGGUUGGAACAUUCCAACGAUCCCACAGCAAUCAUGGCUCCAUUUUACCAGUACAUGGAGACUGACAACUUUAAACUACCUAAUGACGAUUUACAAGGCAUCCAGAAGAUAUAUGGUCCACCUGACAAGACCCCUCCACCAACAAGACCUCUACCAACAGUGCCCCCGCACCGCUCUAUUCCUCCGCUAGACCCACGGAAGAAUGACAGGCCUAAACCUCCCCGGCCUCCCACUGGCAAACCUUUCUAUCCUGGAGCCAAACCGAACAUCUGUGAUGGAAACUUCAACACUCUCGCCAUCCUCCGCCGAGAAAUGUUUGUUUUCAAGGACCAGUGGUUUUGGCGAGUAAGAAACAACAGGGUGAUGGAUGGAUACCCCAUGCAAAUUACUUAUUUCUGGCGGGGAUUGCCUCCGAGUAUUGAUGCAGUAUAUGAAAACAGUGAUGGAAAUUUUGUCUUCUUUAAAGGUAACAAAUACUGGGUGUUCAAGGAUACCACUCUUCAACCGGGUUAUCCACAUGACUUAAUAACACUUGGAAAUGGAAUUCCCCCUCAUGGCAUUGAUUCUGCCAUUUGGUGGGAAGAUGUGGGAAAGACCUACUUCUUCAAGGGCGAUAGGUACUGGAGAUAUAGUGAAGAAAUGAAGACCAUGGACCCUGGCUAUCCAAAACCUAUCACAAUAUGGAAAGGCAUCCCAGAGUCUCCUCAGGGAGCCUUUGUACACAAAGAAAAUGGCUUCACAUAUUUCUAUAAAGGAAAAGAGUACUGGAAAUUCAAUAACCAGGUACUUAAGGUAGAACCUGGGUAUCCCAGAUCCAUCCUCAAGGAUUUUAUGGGCUGUGAAGGACCAACAGACCGGGACAAAGAACGACAUAGCCCACAAGAUGACGUAGAUAUUGUCAUUAAACUGGACAACACAGCCAGCACUGUGAAAGCCAUAGCUAUUGUCAUCCCCUGCAUCCUGGCCUUAUGCCUCCUUGUAUUGGUUUACACAGUGUUCCAAUUCAAGAGGAAAGGAACACCCCGUCACAUACUGUACUGCAAACGCUCUAUGCAAGAGUGGGUGUGAUAAAGGGCUUUUUUUUUCUUUCUUUCCCAGGAGUUUGUGGUAAUUUGAGAUUCAACACAAGAGCUGUUAUGCUGUUUCCUAGCUAGGAUCAGGCAUCUGUCAGCCUGGAUCAGGGCUGAUCUUUAAAACCCAGGGGGUUGCCUGUCCUGUGCCUGAGUGUGAAUUCACUCGUGUGGGAAGCUUCCAUGACACACAGUAUCUGCCGUUUCUUCAGUCCUUUGUC